AUGGAGGUCGCUCGUACCUCCAUGAUCCAUGCGGCUGCCCCCCAUUUUCUGUGGCCGUUUGCGGUCCGGUACGCCGCGCAUCAGCUCAACCUCUGGCCCCGUGUCUCCUUGCCGGAGACCUCGCCCACACUGCUGUGGACGGGGAAGGUUGGCGAUGCGUCACGUUUCCGGGUCUGGGGUGCUCGUGCCUUUGUCCGCGAUACCACCGCGGACAAGCUCUCCGCCCGCGCUAUUCCCUGUGUCUUCCUUGGCUUUGUCCCUGACGCGCCUGGUUGGCAGUUUUACCACCCCACCUCGCGUCGUGUCUUUGCGUCUCAGGACGUCACGUUCGACGAGUCGGUUCCCUUUUACCGUCUCUUCCCCUACCGCACUGCCCCUCUCCCUCCCCCGCCGCUCUUCCUCGCUCCAGGUGCUCCCCAGGUCGACCCUCUCCCCGCUCCAGGUCCUGCUCCCUCAGGUGUGUCUCAGGUAGACCCUCCUCCCUUCCCUGCGCCGGUUGAGGUCACUGGUGACUCAGGUCCUGCUGGGGGUGGUCCUGCUCGGGGUGCUACUUCUGGGGGUGCUGAGCCUGGGGGUGCGGAGCCUGGGGGUGCGGAGCUUGAGGGUGUAGAGCCUGGAGGUGCUGAGCCUGCGUGUGAGGGGUCUGGAGGUGCUGGAGCUGGUGGUUCUGGGGCUGCUGAGGGUGCGAGCGCUGGAGGUUCUGGAGCUGCUGGAGGUCCUGGUGCUGGUGGCGCUGGAGCUGCUGAGGGUGCUGGCGCUGAGGGUUCAGAGUCUGCUGUUGCGCGGUCUCCUUGGAGUAGCCGCCUUCGUCCACGUGUGCCUCUCACCUCGCAGCAGCUGCACGACUGGUACGGUCGCCGUCAGGGUCGCGCUGCUGGAGCCCGGGGCUCUACUGCUGGAGGUACUUCUGCUGCCGUCCCUGGAGCUAGGAGUGGUGCUGGUACUUUGUCUACUGGAGGUGCUGGAGUCGCUGGUCCCGGAGGUGCUCGUACUGGAGGUACUGGAGCUGCUGGGGCUGGGGGUGCUGCGUCUGGAGGUGCUGCUGCUGGAGACACCGAGGCUGGAGACCCUGGGACUAAAGGUGCUGGUUCUGGGGGUGCUGCUGCUGGAGACGUGGAGGCUGGAGACCCUGGGACUGGAGGUGCUGGUUCUGGGGGUGCUGCUGCUGGAGACGUGGAGGCUGGAGACCCUGGGACUGGAGGUACUGGUUCUGGGGGUGCUGCUGCUGGAGGCACUGGGGUUGGAGACCCUGGGCCUGGAGGUGUCGGUUCUGCUGCUGGAGCUUCUGGAGCUGCUGGAGGUGCUGGAGCUGCUGGGGGUACUGGAGCUGCUGGAGCUGCUGGAGCUGCCGACAGGUAG